AUUAUUUGGGUUUAUUUGAAGGUGUACAUUCUGAAGUAAAAAAUACACCAGAGGAAAAGAUGCAAAAGAAGAAGAAGAAAAAUGUACGUCAAGAAAAUUCAGAUGGAAAUUCUUUACAAGAAAUAUUGCCAAGUUCAAGUUUUGUCAGAUCAUUUGAUGAUACUAGGCAGUUUUGUUCAAUGGAUAUAAAUGGAAAUCCUAAGUAUCAUACUGGUUCAAAAGUUCCAUAUGGUAUAACAGCAGUGCUUCCAGGUUCUACAUUUGACUGUUAUUCAUCUGGAGGAAACUUCCAUUCUGAAAAUCAUUCAUCUAAAUCUGAUUUAGCUCUUCGCAAGGGAAAGCGAAAUAGAAAUAAUAUUGACAAUCAAAAAUUUAUUAUGGCAGAAAAUAUAGCUGGUCACAGAGGAGAGGAAGACAUAGAUUCUCUUCUUGAAUUUAUAAAUUCCUCAGAUCAUAAAGCUAAAACUACAAAAACAAAUGGAACAACUUCCAAUCAGGUUUGUAGCUCAGGAGGUAAACACUUUAUGACUAAUGAAAUAGAAAAGAAGAAAGAAAAGCUUCCUGUGAAAGAUAGAAUGAAACAUUAUCAGAGUUGCAAUAAAAAGAAAUCAAAUCACAUUAACUCAGAGGAAGAAGAAUACCAAGAUAAAAAUGAAAUUCAAGAUAGUGAGUCUGAUGAUAAAUACAUUCCAAUAUGCAGUGAUAGACCUAUUAAAGAAAAUUCUUCUGAAAUAUCAGAAUGGAAUCAUAAUAGUGAUACUUUCUUAAAUGCAGAAGAAAAAUCUGUAGAAGUUUCAUUACCUGUAGAAACUGAAUCUAAUCAACAUUUAAUAGUUUCAGAGAGUUCUGUGUCAAUUUCCAAUCAAACUAUAGAAAAUAAGUCAUCAAAAAUCUCAGCUGAAAAUUGUGAAAUUUCUGGACAUCAAAAAUUAGAAGAAUCUGAAUUUAGAGUGGUACUUAAAAAACAUCGUAAACGUUAUCCCUUAAAGAAAGCAGAUUCGAGCAGAUUUUAUAAUGGUUCUUCAGCUGCUAAUUAUAACAGUGGACAUCAGUAUUUUGUGACAAAACAAACGAGUCAUAAAGAUGAUAUUAUGUUAUUAAGAGGUUUACCAUUAUCUCAUCAUAGUCAACGCAGUAAACAAGACUGUGCAAGACGUAAAUCGACCAGUAGUGUUCCGCCAUCGGAACAUUCGUCUGCGGAUAAUUCAGAUUUAGAUAGUGUGCAUUCUUUGCCUGUUAGUGGAUCUGUGCCUCCUCCGACACGCCCACAUCCUCAUACAACACCACCUUCUACUUCUUCUACACCACAAGCAUCCUAUGCAGAUAUUGCUCGUAUGUCUAUUGCUCCAACUUCAAAAGUAUAUUGCAGUAAUUUAUAUGGAGCAACUUUUUCUUCGUGUAUUGAUAAAAAUAUAAGUCCAGUUAAUUUCUUACAUGAAACUUUUGAUUCAACAAAUUUUCAGGAGAAAGAUGGAAAUAAUAAUAAUCAGUUUUCACUGCCAAACUGUCCAAAUACUAAUACAUCGGCAAAUUGUGAGAAUAUUCAAUUUGUGAAUGAUUCUAAUGGAAGUCACAACAAUGAGGAAUCACUGGAAUUAAUUGUUUCAUCAAAUUCUAAAAGUGAUUUGGAUGAUUUUUGUAAAUUAUCAAAACUAGAUAAACUUGAUAAUGAAAGAGAAUGUAUAACUAGUCAGAAAAUAUCUGAUAAACUUAAUUCUGAUUUUGAAAUUACUGAAACAGAUGACUGCAUGCAGCAUAAUCUUCAUUUGUUUAAUUCAGAUAUACACAAUGUUAAAGAAGUUAAAUUAAUGAAUGAUGCUACUAAUUACAACAAACAUUGCUUGUCUAAUGAAAUUAAUCAAAAAAAAAAGUUUUUUCAGAAAGAAACAGAGUCAAAACAACAUUCUAAGAAAAUUUCUUUAUCAGAAGUUUGCAUUGAAAGUUUUUCUAUUAAUAUGCAUCAAGAAAUUGUUUCAACAAAUACUGAACAAUGUCUAAAUUCAGUCACUAAAUUUGAUGCAGCAUUAGACAAUUCAAAAUUAAAAAGUAAUGAAAAAUCUGCUGCUUUUAGCUUAGCUGAAAGUGAAAAACUACUUUCAAAAUCCAAAUUAAUUGACAGUGAAAACUUCAAUAAUCCCAGAAAUAAUGAAAGACAUGCAGGAAAUGAACAGGUAUGUUUCGGUGGCAGACAAAACCGUCCACCAGUCAUUAUAAUGGAUAAUUAUCUGCCAGCAGAAAAUGCUUGUGGUGUUAGUUUUGGUAUAGACUUAGAGGAGUUACUACAUCUCAGUAAUGGUAGUCAUACGAUUACUCAUUCAAAUCAUUUUAUCAAAGAAAAAGCUAUCAAUCUCUCUACCUCUUCUAAGAAAUCACAUGAAAAUGAGGGUGCUAAAUCACUAGAAUACUCUUGUAGUUCAGUUACAGAUACUGUUGAAGAAAUUGAGAGAGACAAUCAGCAGCCAUUUGAUAGUUCCUCCAGUCCAUCAUCAAUUGUAUUUUUAUCAAAUGAUGAUAGUCUUAUACAGGGUCGAAAUAUUACAUCUAGUCCUGGUAGUAAAUUAGUAUUAUUGAAAUCUGGACAGCCUCUACACUGGAAAGAAGUUGAUACAGACAAACAAAGUUUCAAUUUUUAUCAGAUUGUUGGAUUUCUGGGAAAUAGCGGAGGUGAUAUUGGAGGCAACGGGACCGAAAUCGGCUUUUACAGUGAUCAGUGACCCAGGUUAGAGACGUUUGACCAGGGUCGGGGGAACCUUGGCCACGUCCGCGCGGGACGCAGACGGACUUGGUGGCCCGAAGACGUCCCACUGAUCCGGCGGAAGAACGGAUCGCUCGACUUUCAUCACGUGACUGCAGAAGGGUGCCUGGGACGAAGGCCGACGGACGAAGGAACUGGGGGAAGGUGCCCUUCUGUAAACCAGGCCAGCCGGACUCAUAAUAUAUUCCCGUUAUUCGUGUAAAUCGUUAUCGGACUUUUGUUUAAGAUUAUUAAAACUUCGUUCCGCUUCCCGUUACCCAACUAACUUACCGAAGAAUUCUCCCGUCUCGGCGGGAGAGCCAAAAAUCGCGUCCGUGCACCGUUCCGACACUCGUGCCUCCACUGCUUACGUCGUGCGUGGCACGGUGCAUCAUUUACGUCUCUCUGUACAUAAACGUGCGAGGCACUGCCGGGCAGCUCGGUUGUGCACUGGUGUAGGCUCAUAUUUUCUGGGAAAACCCAGAUGAGGAGAUUACCUCUGCUCUGAGGUAAGGGAGGCAGUAGGAAUCCUCAUUCGGAACCACCAGAACGGAAAACGGCUCUUUUUCUUAUAGGGGCCCGGGACAGUUUGCUCGGCAGAGAGGGCUUUCUAGCCACACGCCAGGAGCCCUUAUGAGUUUCUGGCAGAACUGCCGUCGAGAGCUUUCGGAGGCCACACGAAUCGAGCGGCCGAACGGUGCACUAUUGCCUAAAAUUCACGAGUGAGACUCAAUAAAAAAAAUAUAUCUAUAAGUAUUUGUCUUAUCUGUGUUGCUUGCAAGGGAUUUCUCUCGAUGGCCAUACAAAUGCAAGAGGGUGUAAGAGAACGAUUCUGAGUUCGAAUUCCAGUCGGGCUUAACGAUCAUUCCACGCAUUGGCUACUCGCAGUCUUAAGGAGAGGAACGUCGGAGGUAUCCACAUAAUCUAUACGGUAUCCAAAUAGGACUUAGGGUAGGGUCCGGUCUACAUCCAGAAGUUACGGUGACAGCCGAAACUUCUAUACGCGUCAGGCGUCAUAUAUUUCAAUGGAGUGUCACAGGCAACAACAUCGACUAAAUCAAAAGAAAAGCCAAAAACUAGAACUUCACAGAGAACAAAUUGUAAGUGGGAUAUCAGAACUUGCAAAAUAUUUGUCGGUACAGGAGCGAAAAGAAGGGAUGCAUGAUGAGGUGUUUAAAACAAGUAAAAAAGUCUGCAGGAGAGAAAUGUUUCGUUGGUUGCAAAAUGCCAGCAGUCAAGACAGGAAGCUAAGGAUUGUUGUAAACUCUCAAAAUACAGGAGGGUGCUACGAGUAGCUUUAAAAGGGACACUGUCAGCCGGGCGACAAAAUAAGAGGCGAAUAGUAGAGAAAAGUUCUUAUUCGUUUCUUUGUUAAAAUCAUCAUUCUUUUCUAUUGAUCUACUCGCUAAAUUAAAUUAUCUUUUAAUAAACCAGUUAAAAGAACGAUCUUUUUAAUUAACAAAUUUAAGCAUGUUACGUACUUUAUUUAUUUACUUAUUUUUACAAGUAAAUAAAAAAGUACCGAAGAACGGUCAAUGUCUACCCUCAAAAUUAGCAAAUACCAGCCUACCAGUGGCCAAGCGGUCUUCGUACUCUGAACACGGAGUUUGGUCGCAGGUUCGCGCCUCGCUCGGACGUGGAGUUUUCCGUGUUUUCUCCACGUCUGUAACGCCUAAAUAGGGGCCAGUUUCCCUUAAAAACCUCACGGAAAGCAUCCCCUAGGCAGAUCGCUCAAGUGUUGCAUUGCCAUAACCUAACAAACAACAAUAACAGCAAAUACGCGUAAAAAUAAAGAUGACAAUUAGAUAAAAUUAAAAAUACAUUGCCUACAUUAUACAUUAAAACGGAAGUAUAAAAGUUCUUGGAAGGAAUUUGUUUUGGAAGAACCGCUUUUGUUUGACAUUCUAAGUCGGAAAUAAUUUAAGUCUUAACUAUAUUUAUAUAUAUUUUACCAAUACAGUAGAC